AUGCGGUCCGUUAACCACACGUCGUACCUCCCCGUCGCCAGCCGCCCCAUCUCGCUGUCUAUCGAGACCAAGCGUACCGGGAAGGACUCGGAUGAGGCUACGCUGCAGAUCGGGACCUGGCAUCUUACUCAAUGGCGCAUGCUGAGAAGCUUGCUGACCAGGGCUGGCGGCGCAGACCACGCCCAGGCGGCGUUGGGUGAGCUCGGCGUGCUUCCGGCCAUGAUCGUGCAGGGGCACAAAUGGAGCUUUGCAGCGACGACCCUAGAGGGCUCAAAGACGAUUUUCUGGUCCAUGAUGUACGUUGGGCCUACAGACUCUCUCGCCGGCAUCUAUGCCAUUGCCACGACGCUCGGGUACCUGAAGCGAUGGUCUGCUGAUACCUUCUGGACAUGGUAUUAA